AAACGCAAUUCCUACUUGCACUCACAGCAGUCAGCCGUUCCAAGCAGCAGUCAAUAGGCCGCUUUACUUCCUGAUUCAAGCGUUCAUCUGACGAAAGCAAGCCAUAUAAGAUGGCUCCGGUUACCCCUCGCUCUGCCUUGGCGAUUAUCCUCGCUCUUGCACUUGGAGCGCUCCUCCCUCCGUCCGCCCACUCCGCUCGCCCUGGCCUCGGAGCCCGCGUCAAGAUUCUGGCGUCUCUCCAUGGCAGUCUCACCACGCCUUGUGCGGCACUCAACGCUCGCAUCGGAGGCACUAGCAGCAUCGUCGCAACCAACAUUGGUGGCACAGCUGACAUCAACAUCCUCAGGAGGGGCGCGUCCGUUUAUCUGUCCUACAAGAUCACGGCCCAAGGCCUGACUCAGCGACCCUCCGCUUCCCCUGCCAUCAUCACCCGCAACCCCUGCUCUCCCUCCUCCUCCACGUCCUCUCCCUCCUCCUCCGCCUCCUCCUCUCCUGCUGUUUCUGCAUCCGCCUCUCUCUCUGGCGAUGGCUCACUGAACGCCUCUCUCUUGCCCACCACCGGCGUCACCGGCUCCGGCUCUCUCACUACCAACGCCAACCUCCUCAACUCCUCCCUCUCUGCUACCACUGGUACUGGAGCCUCCCUCACUCCCACCACUGGCGCCAGCGGCACUGGCUCCCUCUCCGCCUCCACCUCUCUCCUCAACUCCUCCAUCUCUGCAUCCACAGCAGUGGGUGGUGGUGCCUCCCUCACUCCCGACGGUUCUCUCUCAGGCGUAGGCGGUCUUGCCACCUCCACCAACCUCCUCAACACCUCCGCAGCUGCUGCUGGCAGUGCUGACGCGUCCCUCCCCAGAGGCACUGCUUCUGGCUCUGGCUUUGUCUCUGCUUCUACUGCCCUCCUCAACACAUCUGCCGGCGUGGGAGCAGGAGUGGGCGUGUCUCUCCCCAACGGCACUCUUUCCGGCUCUGCCUCCCUCGGAGCCUCCUCCCCUCUCCUCAACACCUCAGCUGGCGUCGGCGCUGGGGUCAAUGCAGGCUCGGGAGGCGUCCAGGCCAACCUCGGAGGCUCGGCAAACCUUGAUCUCUCCUCGGAGGGGCUUGUUUCUGGCGUGGGUGGGGUUGUCUCUGGUGUGGGCGGGGCUGUGGGGAACGUGGUCGGUUCGGCGGGGAAGGCUGCAGGCUCGGUGGUAGGCACAGUGGGUAAUGUCGCAGGCUCGGUGAUCGGCACUGUGGGGAAAGUGGCAGGCUCGGCUGCAGGCUCGGCAGGGAAAGUGGCAGGUUCGGUGCUUGGCUCGGUCCCCUCAGUCCUGUCUCCCCUGAUGGUGCUGCCUGGCACCUGGGUGACAGCUGCAGGUAGUGUCAAUGCUGGAAUCAACACUGCUGCUGGUGCUGCUGCUGGAGCUGCAGGUAGUGUGUAUGCGGUGGUGGGAGAGGCACGCAUCUCUGCUGAUCUCGCCUCGUCUCUCCUCGCUCGCAUCUCCUCCCCCUCCUCCGCACCUCUCUCCCUCUUCCUCCACCUCACAGGCCAGCAGAACCUCAUUGCCUUUCUGGAGUAAUCUGGCAUUGCCAGCGGGGCAAUCUGGUGUGGGCGGUGCCUGUUGGGGAUCGGCGUGAGACAGGACCGCAAGCAAAGGAUGCCUUGAUGAUGUGCCUUGAGGGGGAAGCCUGAAUGAUGUGCUGCCGGUUGCAGGCUCGUUCGACUUGAUGGAAUGUGCCUUGCCUUGCCAUGAGAGGCGGGUGGCUGUUGUAAGGGCGGAUGGUUUUCGGAGGGGCGGAUGGCUGUUCAUGUCAGGUGGCUGCUGUAGGGGCAGCUUAUGUUAGUUGAGGCUGGUUUGGCAAGCAGGCACAUUGUAUCAAGUUGAAUGUAUUGUGGAAAAUUUGUUGGAAGGGAAGAAGCCAUUGGAGAUAAACCUU